AUGGUUGCAUCAACAUCAAUACAAAAAAUUAAGGAAAAGUUUCCAGACUGUGAUGGUCAACUGGACUGGAAUCAGCAUGGGGAGGAAAAACGAGGCCUGGCAUGGAUCCUUUCCAUUCAAUGUAAGAAGUGCCACUAUACCAGUCACCGAGAAAAGCUUUACGAAGAGGUGAGAAGAUCUGGCAGGGGACGAAGAGCUGCACAGCUGAAUGUGGCCAUGGCUGUCGGUCACCUGGGUACCAGUCUUACAACAGAGGGUAUGCGUGGUAUGCUUCUUGGUGCAAAUAUUGAACCAGCGUCAGCCACCAACAUGCAACAGACCUGCAACAAAGUGGGGAAAAUUAUAACCGAUGUAAAUAAAAACAGUAUGAAGAAAAUUUGGCAGAAUAUUCAAGAACUUAAUGAAAAAUGUGGACUUCCGGAUACCCCCAUCAGAGCGGAAGGAGAUGCUCGGUACAAUAAUGCCACCUUCAGUGCCAUUGGGAAAACCCCAUUCCAAGCUGCCACCCAAGUGACGUAUACCGUAAGUGAAAAUGUAACUCAGAGGAAGAAUGUGGUAGCAGUUUUCUGUGGGAAUAAACUAUGUAUGAAAGGCGCACACCUACGAAGCAAAGGAAAAGAAGUUACCUGCCCAGGACAUGAAGACUGCACUGCAACCAUUCCUCCGGAGACCACCAUUGGAGACGAGAAGCGAUGGGCCGCAAAUUGUGUUGGUGAGUUACAAAGUGAUGACCGUCCACUAGUCAUAUCCCAUUUCACCAGUGAUGGAGACAGUGCCGCUGCGUCUGGUGCAUCUGAAAAACAAGGACAUGUGAUUGAAAACCUUAAGGACUUGCAUCACUUCUUUGACUCUCAAAGAAAACAGACUGCUAAGGCUCCAUUCAGCAGUCACAUGUUUCCGGGAAGAACCAAGGCCAUAAGAGAAUCCAUGCAGAGAAGAUUUGCCUUGGACCUGAAGCUUCGAUGCAAGACAGAGUACGAGAAUUGCUACAAACACUACUCCGGGGACUUACCUUUGAUGAAGCGUGCUAUGUCUACUGCAGUUGGUUCCCUCAUAAACUGCUAUCAGGGACAGUGCGGGAAGUCCUGUCAACUCUAUUCCUUUUCCUGUCGAGGACUGAAAAGCAAUAAGUGGAAAUCUUCAGUGUUGCCUAGUGACUUUGAAUUAAACAUGACAGAAAAAGACAAAUGGCAUAUUUAA